AAAAAUUCCUAUGAACUCUCGCCUCCGCAGUAUGUCUUUUCCACCCUCUGUAUUGCUUAAUCGGAGCGAGCCGAGCAGGAGGAGGUUCGUUCUAGCGACUAGCAGCCAGAGUAGCGAGGGCCGAGAAGUGAAAAUGGUAGGUCGGGUGCCGAUGGGUAUGGAUUUUAGUAGAUGAUUCGUGGGUACGUAUCUCUCUCUGAGAAUGAGAUGCACGUAAGAACGAAAUCACUUUCGGUAAUCACCCGGUGCAGUGUCGUGCGAUGCUUUGUUCAGUGUUAAAGUGCCCUAGAUGUGAAAAGUGAAUUGGUAAUGUAAAGUUAUCCGGAAGCCUUCUACAAUGGUGGAUAACAAUUGCAUUAUCGAGGGAAAUGUCAAGUUUCGUGACGGCAAAAAGUGGAAGUCAAGAUGGUGUGUGAUGAGAAAAUUGUCACCAGUUGCAGACUGCUUACACUUACAACUCUAUGGAGAUAGCAAAGACCGUUAUAAACAAGGUCAAACAAAAGCUUCGCUUAGCUUACAGCACUUCCUUGGAGUAGAGAGUGGAUUUACCCUUGACAAAGAAUCUAACACUAUUGCCAUUAUCUGCCAAGAUGUUACAGUAGUUCUCGCUUUUGACACACGUGAACGACUAAUACAGUGGCAAGUCAAGAUCUCCAACAAUCUAGGCGAAGAUCAACAAUUCCUGAUUCUCAUCUCUUCGGCACCAACCAAAGCAAAGUUGGUAAGUGGUCCAGCACAUUUACAUGUCCAGGAUCGCCGUUUCUGCAUAACAACUGGUAUGCCACCAAGACUAGCUGGCGUCUGGGAAAUAGCACAUCUCCGUCGUUAUGGUGUUGUUGAAGGCAGAUUCUGCUUCGAGGGAGGAUCUAGAUGUGGUCGGGGAGAAGGUCUACAUGUUUUGAUUACAGACCAAGGAGAUGAUAUCAUAAAAACAUUGCAAUUGGCUGCAGAAGGCAAACUAUCUACGCGAAAGAGACCAGCACCUCGUGAGCUUGCAGCAUCUGACAGUCCACGAAGGCAAUUUUCUCGAUCAGAAACAAGAGCAAGUGACUUUUUCCCUUCAACACUAUACAACUCGGGAUCUUACGAGGGACAAUGUGAUAGCUGCAAAAACGAAAGCUCUCCUUAUUGGUCUUCGGCUGAAAGUAGACAACAGACAGACUUGGAUAGUGACUAUGGGUGUCGAGACACUGUCUCGAUAUCAGAAAUGACUGAUCAACCAGGUGAAUGGCGUAGCUGCUCCAUCGUACAACAAAACACCUCAGGACUCGAGCGUUGCUCUAGUUGUAUAAGCAAAUUAGGAAAUCUAUCGAAAUCUUCUACAUCAGGUACAAAUUCUGGAACUGCUCAAUCGAGCAGUCCUGCUCCACUCGGAGUUUGUCAGCAGCCACCACGAGCGUUUGAUAGACUGUCUCUCUCUUCAUAUAGCAGCAGCAGCCAUGAGAGUGAUUAUUCAGUGUCUCAACAAGCUGAUUGCCAUUGCAUGUUGAACAAAGUUUCCCAAAAUCAUUUCUCACAAAGCUCUCCCAAGCCGAUCGUUUCUCCUCCCAGACCGCCAAAACCGCACUCACCCGGUACUAAAAAAGCCAAGAAACCUCCAAUGCCGCUACCACCUGAACAUUCUUGUACAUGUCCAUCAAAACUGUCAAGCGCUUCAAACAAGACUCUCAAUGUUACCGGCCCAUACGAAAACUACGAUGUUCCAAAAGCCAUCCUUCGUCACACAAUGUCCAUGGAUCGGGCGCAAUCGACCGAUCAAUAUUACGAUACACCACGAAAAAUAAAGGAGUGUCUUGCAUUGCCGAAAAGCUAUGCAAACUACGAUACCCCGCUUGUACCACAAGCAGUAUCUUUACAGCAAUGUGGCUGUCCUACUAAAAUGACAUCUCAAUCUCCACGUUCCUCCGCUUGUCCGUGUCACAAUGUUAUGAGUUGGGCUGGUUUCGUGUUACCCUACUGUCGUCGAGGAGCAGGAAUUGUCUUGGAUGCUGUUCAUCCUGUAAGGUUGUCAGGGGAAGGGAAAAUGCCUGUUCUCAAUGCUAGUGGAGAAAUUGCCGUAUACGCAACGAAUGAGAAGAGCAGUGGGACUGAUCAAAAUUCGAUGGCUAGUAAAGAUAAAUGUGGCUGUCAGGUAGAAGGAAGAGUAGAAAAUAAUUACGAAAAUAUCGAACCGGUCAUAGAUACUCAACCUGAACCCAAACAAAUAAAUUAUGCAAAUAUCGAUUUCACUCAAUCACUGGAACACUAUGAAAAUAGCAAAGACAUUUUAGCCAAAGUGGCGAUGUCUCAAAAUGAGGUUGAAAAGUUUGCUGAAGAGCUGAAGGAGCCUGUAACUUGUGUUGCUGAUGAUAGUUCAAAGGUGUGUAUUAAAUGUGGACACGCUAAAGAUGGAAAAAAUGAUUACUUGAUGAUGAAUCCAGAAAAGGAAAUGCCGAAAAAGCCGUAUCCUGGGUAUUUACCUAUGCAGCCAGCUCAUAAUGCAUGUUCUAAAGAAGUUCUGUCGAGAAUUUGUAGUACAGGAAAAAGUAAUAGUAAUCCCGCGUUAGCUGGGUCCCAACUUACCGAAGGAAGUAAGAAGAGAUCUGAAUCUGAAUAUCGAGUUCCAGGAUCAGCGAUGCUAUCUAGUCCCUACCUUAGACGUCGAUUCCUAGACUCAACGAAUUGCAUAGACACUACUGGAAAUGUGGGCGCACUGGCAAGAAAAAGAUCAUAUUCUGCCGAAUCUGCGCAUUACACGGAUGACGAAAAACUUACGGUGUUCCCUUCAACUUUGACUAUUCAUAAGUGUCCAAGCGAAGCUGAUAAAGGAUUACUGAUAAGUAAAGAAAGACAGACUUCGUGCAUGGAAGCAGAGCACAAAACUUACCACGACAGCGAAGAGAUUUCAGCAGCUUCUUCUCAGCCCUGUUCAAUAAAAAUUCGACGUUCUUCGUCUGUGCCCUCUAAGGCGGGACACAACCGCGACUCUUCGAGCAGUAACGACUCAGGUGUUUCAACGGGGUCUCUAAGCCAUCGAGGAACAGAAUUUGGGGAAUUUGAGUUGCCCAUAAUCACUGCUACUUCCGGGAGGAAACAUUUAUUAUCGGUGUCUCAGAAAAGUCCACCACCGGUCUGCUUUCACAGUAGCUUGCCAAGAAAAUCGAAGUCUAGUGAUCCAUUGCGCGAACUCUCGUUUCAAUUCCAGAAACUUAAAAUUCCUACUAAAUCCUCAUCGGCUGAAGGCGACAUUCCCACCUGUGUUCCAAAAGGUGCAAAAAGCUUUAAUAGUCCGGGAGAAGUUUCUGCCACACCUUAUACUGACUCUCGAAGUACAAGUAGCGGUACAUCCGAUAUGUCUGAUUACAUCGAAACAUUAUCUCUAUCGUCUCAUUCGUCGUCUGAUACUCCGGACAAUCUUAGAUUGGGCGGACGUCAGGUGGCCACAACUCUACGUCCACGUAGUGGAAAAGAAUAUUACAAAAUAGAUCGGAGCGUUUUGGUCGAACAAAAUCGUGUAGUAACAGGACCGACAUCGAAUUAUGCCAAUAUUACGCCUGUUAUUGAAAAAAGCGAAUCUCCAUCGCCAGGAUACAUGAGUAGCUCGCCGUACGACCAGCCACAACCGACUCGUGACCACUUCCUUUUUCCCGAGCAAGCCUGAGAACAUUGAUCCAGUUCACACUGGAGGAGGAGAACCUGAAGUUCCUAGCAUUUCCAAACACGGUGGACAAGAAGAGUAUUUAAGAUAGAAAUAAAAAUGGAGCCACAAUCACUGUUAAUUACACUGAACGCUGAAACCAGGUUUUAGUAUUUUCAUACUAUUCCAAAAUUUCCAGAGGUAUGUAAUUUUCCUUAUGCUGGGAAUUGCAGCAAUAUACAUUAUCUGUUUCGUUUCGUUAAAUAAUUGCCGACACUUGCUAUCAAAACUACUAAAUAUAGGAACAAAAAAUAUUCCGAAGUUUAAAUUAUUAUUCUGCUCGAAAAACUUCGUGUGUUUAAACGAGCCGAAGUCUAAAUUAUGGUACAGUAACGUGAUAAAUGUAUACAUAUGUAGUUACUAUGUGGCAUUUAAAAAUGCCCAGACUCUUGGAGGUAGUAGUCAAACCACGUAAAAUGAUUCGGUUCGGUAAUUCGGUUUCGUUAAUUUGUGGCAGAACUGAAAAUUGACAGACCUGACCAGCGAAAAAUUUCAAAGUAACAAAUAACAAAGCUUGGUUACACUGCAUAGUGAAAAUAUAAUCAAUAAUUAUACAUUUCCUACAACGAUUCAAACAAUUUCUAAAAUAUGCUCAAUAACAAGUAUAAUAAUAGUAUAGUGAAGAUCCUGCCCUAGAGUAAAGGAUACGUGUGCAUUGUGUACUUUUGAUGAGUGUACCAUUUUUUGAAUAAUUUUUAUUUUAUAUAAGUACUUUUAUAUAGCGUGAUGUACAGAGUGAUAAAAAAGAAUGGGGUUUAAGGCUCUUGAAAUUUACAAUAUACUUGAUGUAUUUCUAUACGUCAGUUAUGGCCUCAAAUGGGAAUAUGUAUGUCCCAUUAAAUAUGAUUUACAGAAUCUGUUUGUACUUAAUAACUUUACUUGUUAAGAAAGUAAGAAAUAUUAUCGCCUUUGAUAGCUUUCUUGUAGGCAACAAUAAUUCAUCCAAUCAUUCAUAGUUUCUGGGAAAUGGAAGAUAGAGGUUCUUUACAGAUCUAAAUUAAACAUUUCUAAAUUGAACAUUUUCCGCGCCAAAAGCAAAUGCUGCUGUCCUGUAUAUGCUUCAAAUUCUACGAAAGAAUCUCUUAAGUUCCUGUUUGAAAAUUAGUUCAGCCCAAUUUUUAUUGAUUUUUCUUCACUUUGAUCUUUCAAUCUAUUGAAAUGCCGUUUUAAUUAUGAGUAUACAUAUUUAUUUGAUUGUUAUAAUUUAUUUUCCCGAGUAAAAUAAUGUGUAGCAAUAGCAAAGGCUGGGCCGUUAUAAGUAUUACACACCUUCAUUUCGUAGGCAAAAUUUUUCCUAGUUACAUACGCAUGCCAUGUGUAUUUACAUUAUUUCCAUCAGUGUACAAAAUCUCAGACGAAAUUCAUUUGCCUUUCGUUGUGCAUCCGACAAUAUUCCAAAAAAAUAUUCCGAUACACUUGGAAUAGUGGAAUCUCGCGACAAAAAGAAAAACGGUCGAAUAACAGAAAAAAACUACCAGUCAACUGAUAUUUUGUGGACCACUAGUGAGAUUGAUGCAGGGUAUCAGUUUUCUGUAACAUAAAAAUAUAUUUUAAUUGAAAGCUCAAGGGUUUUUUCAUGAAAAUUAUUUGGUUUUCGAAGAAUUCUUUUUCACUUCGAUUUCAAUUGAUUCUCUAGUUGAUUCAGUUUGUUUCCGAGUUGAAUUUUUUUGAUUCAUUCACCAUUGUUAUCUCAUCUAAUUAGAAUCUCCAACAAUGUAUCGUGAUAUGAGAACUGUAACCAUUUGUUGUUACAUUGCAGACAUCGUUGAUAAAUUUAUAGACUUUUAUAGUGGCAGCGAUAACCACUGUCUACACACUGUAAAACAGCGCAGCAAACAUAUCAGACUAGCUAUACUAAUACCUUUUCUGGGUAAGAUGUUCUAUCCAAGUGUUUCGAACUUCAAUAAACGUUUAAUUGAAUUUCAUUGCAAUUUACGGUGACAUAUAUGUAAUGCAGAACCCAAAUGGUCAGAUCGCGAUUACGAAUACUCGGUAAACCAGCGCUCGUUCGAGAUGAUAUCUAAUGUUACACAUCACGCAAUAUUCAUUUAAUAUUCUAGCAGUCUGCUUGUCUUUAGAUUUCUUGUUAUAUAAUAAUUUCUAAUGUUGCCCUAGAAUAAUUAGUUUUUUAAAUUUGUGGAAAAGUUGUUUAAUAUGUCAGUAAAGAUAAUGCAAGUUGUUAACAAAAAUUCACGUUCUUGUUAAUUUCUUAGGGGUUUGGAGAACUGAACGGGAGAUCUGUAUUUCGUAUGCAGUUGAUUGAAAAAUUAAUUAUGUACGAAUGUAAAAUAUCAUUCGAAAAUUGGAUUCAGACAAUCAAUAUUUAAAUGGAUCGGUAUUGAAAAGAUCAAUUGUGAAUAUUAAGAGCUUUUUGAUAAUUCUUGCGCUAUCUUUUCGUUGAUGUUGAAAACUCGAGUACUGAUUUUUACUGGCAAAAUUUUAUUGAAAAAAAAAUUCAUUAUUUUGCCAAACAUGGAGGGCAAGUGUAGCGUGCGCGUAUGUGAAAAUUAGUGAAACCAAUAAUUAUUGUAACGUCACCCAAGUCUUCAGGUGUAUGACGCAAAGUAGAUGUAUACAGUAUUGUCAUGUGAUUAACUGUAUAUUGCGUUGAUAGAAUUCUAUGGAAUAUAAUCAGAAAGAUGUUAUCAUCUCAAAUAUAAUAUAAUUGUCUGUACUGUACGAAUAAUGAAAAACAUUUAUAUCGUAGAUCAGUGGUUCCCGGUUACGUCAUGUUAUGUCAAAUCAAAUUUUGCCGAACAUGACAAAUAGGAAAUAAAGCUAUAAGUAGAAAUUCUGUAACAAAAAUGUCCCACUCUUGUCGUUUUUCUGAGACUAGCGUGACAUUAAGUAUAACAAGAUGAAAAUUAGAUGAUAAGCUUUUAUAAUUGAAAUUGUAAAUUGAAUACAAUUGUGGCGGUUAUGCCAAUGAUUGGGAAUCACUGUAUGUAGACCCAUACUAGUCAAAAAUUAAGUACUACUGUAGUAAUAGUCUAUUUUUAUCGCGAAAAAAAAACAAACUUUGUAUUAUUUAAAAGCCUGAUACACCUAAAAGUAUACUUUUCCAAUCUUUGUCGCGAUUACAACGGUUUUCGUUUUCGGGCCGUUCGUUCAUGUACAUCUGUAAAAUCUGUGACACCUCAUCUCUAAGUAGUACGGAUAGAUUUUUAUAGUCCUAAUGGUUGCCUAUAUGUUUCAAAUUGGUCUCAUGUAUGAAUCAAUUACAUUAUCCAGAUAACUUAUAUUUCGUUUGCAAGCUACAGAAGAUACUAAAUUCAACUAUCAAAAACAUAGACGGCAUCUAUUAGACAUCAUUCUUCUAUUGAGUGUAUCGGCUUUUAAAAUGUAAUCAACCAUAUCUACGAAUUAUCCAGUUAAUGAUUAUAUAUAGAAAAAUUCAAGGGUAUCGAAUAAGUUGCGCUUGAGGUUUAUGUGUAUAUAGCUGCUGAGGCAUUAGCUGAAGUUUUAACUUUUUAUUUUCCAAGUUCAACCGCGUAAUUUGUACAUUAAAUCCAUUUGCUAUUAUAAUCUCUUUUAUCAUUCUUCAAAAGUAUAGCUAACAUUGUAACGGCUAACUUAUCACACUGCGUAGAGUUGCAAUUCAUUUUUGAAUUCUCACUAUGACUAUGUGAUUCGUAUGUACAAGGGAUUAUAAUACUGCGCUACCCAAACAUUGAGCGAAGAAAGAAGCCAAGUCAAAGUGGAGUUUGCCUAUGAUACCGAUAUUAUAUUUCACAGCAGAAAAAACAGGGUAAUUUCUGUGCCAUAUUGUCUUUGAGCACUGUAAAUUUAGAAUCUAUGUCAAAAUUUUUUGUACAGCUCCUUCAUUCCGCUCUACGUUUCAAACCUUGACCUUGUCUUCGGUCUUUGUAGCUCAAUGUCAAAACUCUAUUUUAUCAGGUAUAAAUAUAAUAUUUAAAUUUACUCCGAUAAGUAUGUACUACUAUUUAUUUUAUAAAUAAUUUAUCGAUAUUUGAAAGUGGGUAAAAAUAGUAUUGAUGUAGAGAUAGUUUAUUUUUUAUUCAACACGUCAUAUAUUACAGAUUCUGAUCGAGUACGAUGAUGAAUGAAUUGUAGUACAUCAUUUUCGUGUACUUGAGUUUAAUUUCAAGCUUGAUAAAAUGGCUGCUACCUUAAAUAAUUUAUAUGAAAAUAUAUUAUAUAGUAUACACAAAUCAUCUCAUUUGUAGAGCAUACUUAUACAUAGAUAAUAGAAAUAGUGAAUCCAUCGAAUUGUAUUAUGUAUAUUAUUGACCAGAGAAUCUAUCUCAUUUGGUAAUAUUCAUAGAUACAUAGAUUAUAAGAAUUAGCUGAUACUAAUUUACGAGUGCUAAUUUUGCGAGAAAAUUGCAACCAUAACUUAUUGACCAACGCACUGGGUCGAUCAUACCUAAAAAAAAUUAAUCAUACAAAUGGUACCAGGUAUUCCUCACGUUAUUCUAAAUCAUUAUUGGUACCAAUGUUGCAUUUAUUUCAUUCGGCCUUUUUUAUCUUGUUUCAUGGUUUGAUCAAUUCUUGUUCCCUAAUUAGUAUUCACUAUCUGAAAAUAUCAAUAUCAGUUAAAUCUUGUGAUAAUCUAAAGCAGUACCGCACUCGUUUAUCAGAAUUAUAUUUGUCAUUUAAUGAAUGAUGACAGAAAUAUCUGCGAAUCGAUUCGAAAAAUGAAUAUUCAAAUAAUUCGGAAUUAUUUUAGUCUUUCCUGCCAGUUAUUAAGGAAGACUCUAAAUUUAAUACCGGUGACUCAACAUGUCUUGAUUCAAAUUUGAAGCUUAUGAAAAAUAGUCAUAUGUUUUUUUUAUUUUUACCUAUGCAGUAAGUCAGUUGUGCAUGUACAAAUAAAUGUCAAAAGAAAAAGUACCUAUAAAAUAUUGAAAAACGAGAAUGACCAAACCGUAAAAUGAGCAGCAAUCAACAGAUCUAAGAACAUUCUUUGCGAAGCCAGAGUAAGCACGUUUUGUCCUGAAUACCAAAUGUAUUGAAUAUUUUGAACUUUUUUAUGGAGGUAUUUAAAAAUUAAAAAAAAUUAAAUUAAAUUGAAUAAACAAGCAAUUUAAGUAAUAUAAGAUAUGAUAAGUACAUUAAAAAUCAUAUGCAAACUGUAGUGGCUCAAAUCUUUGAAUAUCUUGAAGGGGUAGAAAAUAAAAUAGCAUUGAAAAAACAAA